UGUGUGUGUGCAUGUGCGCGUGUGAGAGAGAGGGAGAGACCUGUGGGAAGAUAAAGGGGCAUGUGAGAGCCUCGUUGAGCACACUCCUCAUCGAUCAGACCUCGGCCAGAGGUCCCUGCAGUACAGUGUGAAGAGAAAAAAAAAAAAAAGAAACGCCAAGAUGUGUUGCUCCGGCUUUCUCAAAAUGAUGAUGUUCAUCUUCAAUGGCGGCAUCUUCUUAGCAGGUGCAGCCAUCAUGGGUGUGGGAAUCUGGGUGAAGGUGGACAGCAGCUCUCUGCUGGGUAUACUGGACAACGUGCCUGAUGCACCAGCUGGGUUAUCGCAGCUGGCCAAUGUCAGCUACCUGCUCAUAGCCGUGGGGGCUGUGCUGCUGGUCAUUGGCUUCCUGGGCUGCUGCGGAGCCAUGAAGGAGAGCAGGUGCAUGCUGCUGACGUUCUUCAUCAUUGUGCUGAUCAUCUUCAUCAUCGAGGUCGCAGGAGCUGUGGUGCUGCUUGUCUUCAAGGAUGUGGCUGAGGAGCUUCUCCAGAGUGUUGGGGACGAAGUUCAAAAAAGCAUUGCAGGAAACUACGGAAACGAGGGACCUUUGACCUCGAUUUGGGAAGAUACCAUGACGGAGUUCACGUGCUGCGGAUUCAACAACUACACAGACUUCUCCGGCUCCCCUUUUAACCAACUUGCAAAUAUGUACCCAGUCACAUGUUGCAAUGCAACCAUGGAAACAUGCACUGAAAGCCAAGCGCAUAUGUCGGCGGUGGAAGGCUGCUAUGAUAAGCUGCUGGCGCUGAUAGAGAAUAACGCUGUGGUCAUCGCAGGUGUGGCUCUAGGAAUCGUCGCCAUCGAGAUCGCUGCGAUGGUGGUCUCCAUGGUUCUCUACAAGGACAUCGGCAGCAAGGCGUGAUGUGUCCCGUUCGGGAUGAGAUGCUGACUUUGUAAUUGGUUGGAGAAAAUUUGUUUUGUUUGUAUAAAGUUUUUCCUCUUCUUUUUUAAAAACAAUCAUCACAGUCAGAUAAACUAAGGCGUGCAGGCAUUAUUGGCGUUUAGGGCAUUAGAACCAGAGAUGGAGAGGCAGUCGGUUGAACUACUGUCUUCUUCAUCUAUACUGAGCACAUGUAUACUGUGAUUUAUUUAUAUAUAAAGAAAGGGCUGUUCAAGUGAUGUGGCAUGUGCUGAAACAUACAUCUGGUGAUAUGUAAUGAUGCACAGUGCGGAGAAUGAUCUGCACAGGCUGUGUCAGUUGUUUCUGUACCACAUAUUCAUUGCAAUGAAACAAUGAAUUUAUUUUUUUAUGUUUGAUCAUAUAUAGAUAAUAAAUAUCGCAAUCUUGACCUUU